AUGUGCAGCACUGCGACCAUGGCUGAGGUUCUGUCUCGCGCCGCGAACGAGACUGGUGUCGGUAAUUCCGCCCAGCUAAAUGCCCCGACAAUCUGGUCUGGUUCUAGAGGCAAGACCGUGGAAGGCUUCAACAUGACGGCUGAGCUUUACUUUGAAGGCAAACGCCAUUGGGGGCCUGCCAAAUGCCACCAGAACGCGGUUCGUAUCACCACCGCACUCCGAGAGGCGGAUCCCCGCUUGGAACUCAGACUUGACAAUGCGUCCAAGUCAAACGAAGGAGUUACACGCACUCUCUCGCUCAAGAAGAGCAACAAGCUUCUUUUGAACGAACACCCUAUCCACGACAACAUGGUGCCGAUGGUUGACAUAAUCAAAACCAUCUGGACGAUCAGCCCCCCAACUAAUUAG